CUCUAUAUAAACGGCGCGGAGCGGACCUGAGCAACAGUUGAGAAUAAGCGAGCGCAAGAGUAACGUUGGUUACGAGAGAACCUAAUACUGCUUUUAUUGUUUCGCUGAAGCGAAAUCAAGUGUAAGAGAGGAAGAACAUAUUCCUAAAUCAGGCAUCAUGUCUCUGGUACCACUUCUUUUCUCUGACUGGUGGGAGGACUUGGAUCGUCCCCAUAGAUUGCUUGAUCAGAAUUUUGGCUUGGGUCUCUACCCUGAUCAGCUUUUGACUCCAAACAUUCUGGAGCAGUAUGUCUUCCCUGGAAGAGACCGAAGAUACAGAAACCCUUUGACGUACUAUCGACCCUGGGGUGACCUUUUGCGCAAGGGUGAAGGAGGUGCCUCCACUGUCAAGGCGGACAAGGACAAGUUCCAGGUCAUCUUGGAUGUCCAACAGUUCAAACCUGAGGAAAUUAAUGUUAAGGUCGUCGACAAGAGCGUUGUUGUAGAAGCUAAACACGAGGAGAAACAGGACGAACAUGGUUGGAUCUCCAGGCAGUUCGUUAGGAGGUACUUGAUUCCAGAGCAGUGCGAUCUUGAACAAAUUACCUCCAACCUUUCUUCGGAUGGAGUGUUGAGCAUUACCGCCCCAAGAAAGGAUACCGCCAAGCAGCAGAACGAGCGGUCGAUUAAGAUCGAACACACUGGCAAGCCAGCGAUCCGGGAAAAGACUGAGAAAGAAUCUAAGAAAGAAGAGGAGGGGAAGUGUGAAAAGAAAUAGAUUAUCAUGACCAGUAUUUUUGCGUUUCUCAUUAUUCAAUUUCAUUUGUUAUCUUACUUAGUCCUAUAGUUGUAUGAAAUAGUUGAUUUUUUUAAAUAAAUUUAUUCUGCACAUGAA